UCCUUUCUGCCUUGGAAAAGGAGGGGCCUUAGAGAGAAGAAGGGGCUUCUGGGCUGGGAAGAGAAGCUUCCUUGGGGAGAGGAGCUGGAGUCACUCAGGUCCUGUGAGCAGUGAGGGUGUGCCCAGCUCUGCAGGAGAGAGAAGGCCAUUUUCAAGGCCAAGGCUGUUUGUGGAGGAGGGAGAACUGGACACCGGUCAGAUCUGGGGCGAGACAAGAACCUUGCUCCUCUUUCUCAGAGGGGCCAAAGGAACAUCCUCUCUACCUGAUCUACUCCAGACUCUCACUCACCUCACUCCUACCACGUCGCCAGCUGCCAAGGCAGACCAUGGACUCAGCAGCCAAGGACAAAAUACAGCCCGCACUUCUUCCUGGCUCUUCCUGUCCAGGGUCUGAGUGGCCAGAGCAGGAGAGGGCAGAGCAGCUGGCUCGGGGUGCAGCACUCAAGUGGGCCUCGGGCAUUUUCUACCGGCCAGAGCAGCUGGCCAGGCUGGGCCAGUACCGAAGCCGGGAGGUGCAGCGUAACUAUUUCCUGGAGGCACGCAUUAAGUCCGUGGUGCAGUCGUACCUGGAAGGUGUGCAGACCGGUGUGUGGCAAUUGGCCCAAGCCCUUGAGACUGUGCAGGGAACACGUGACAUCCUGGGACAGGCCCGUCACUUACUUCAGGGCUUGUCUCAGACCUCACAAACCCUAGCGCCCCUAAGGGAAUGUGUUGUCCAGCACAAGCAACUUCAGGUCCUGACUCAGUUGCUGCCAAGACUACAGGCAGUGCCAGCAGCAGUGGCCCACACACAGACCCUGAUUGAUGCUCAGCGAUUCUUGGAGGCCUAUGUGAGCCUACGGGAGCUGGAGCAGCUGCAAGAGGAGACGUGGAUACCCCUGGGAGGGCUGGAGUUGCCAAUAUUCCAGGGUCUGGGCCUUCUGGCUGAGGCACUGGGCCAAGCAGUGGAGGCAGCUGCAGGGGCUGCUGGGCAACUAGCACGUGAGAAUCCGGCCCUGCUGGUAGCUGCUGUUCGUGUGGCAGAGGUGGAGACUGAGCGUACAAUCCUGGGGCACGCACCGCGAGACUGGCGGCAGCGGUGUCUCCGGGCACUACAGGAGGGCCUGGAGAGGGCCCAUUUCGCAUCACCCGUGCUUCCUGAGCCAGGAGCCCUAGCAGGGUGGCUUGAGGCUCUGCAGGUAUCGCUGCCUGCUGAGAUGGCAGCGGCCGAGGCACUAGUGGCACCCUGCUGCCCACCAAACUACAACGUGGUUCAGCUGUGGGCCCACACCCUGCACAGCGGCCUGCGCCGCAGUGUGCAGCGACUCCUCUCAGGGCCUGAGCUGGGAGCCGCUGACACCUUCGCCUUGCUGCACUGGGCACUGCACGUGUACAUGGGGAAGGAAAUGAUGGGGAACUUGGAACUGGGGCCCGAGGCUGAUGUGUCCCAGCUAGAGCCCCUCCUGACCUCAGAGAACAUUGAGCAGCUGGAGGCAGCAUUUGUGGCCCAAGUCCAGGGAAGUGUGGCUCAGUGGCUGCAGAAGGCACUAGAUGGGGAGGUAGCUGAGUGGAGCAGGGAGCAGGAGCCUAACACAGACCCGUCUGGUUUCUACCACUCACCAAUGCCAGCCAUUGUUCUGCAGAUCCUGGCUGAGAACAUUCAAGUGACCAGCCUGAUCAGUGACUCGCUGCAUCGGCGGGUGCGUGACAUGGCGCUGUCAAAACUGGACACAUUCCUGAGGAGCUUCAGUGAUGCCCUGAUCCAGUUCUCUCGAGACCAUCUCAGGAGAGAAGCCCCUCACUACGUACCCUACCUACUGGCUGCCUUCAACCACCACUCAGCACUGAGCUCUUCGUUAUCCGUCCUGCUGCCCGCCGGGGAAGCUUCAGGGGUCUUGGCUCCAGUAGAGGCCACGCUGGACGACGUACAGAGGAGGAUCUGCCGUCUGGUAUUGGAAGCACUGCAGGUUGAACUCCAGCCCCUGUUCGCAUCUCUGCCCUCGCGCCAGUGGCUCUUGAGUUCUGAGUUGCUGGACGAUGUGUGUGAGCAGACGUCGCACUUUUGCCAGGAUUUCUGGCGUGUGCGGAAGCCUGCAGUUCAGGUGGAGCCGGGAGAGGAAGACUGGGGAAGGGCCACUGCUAAUGGGGCACUGCUAACGCAGUUACCUGUCCCGCAGCUGCUGCUGGCGGAGGCGGAACGAACCGUGGUGUUGCAAUACCUGCGCGCGCUGAUGCAGGGCCGCCUGGUGUGCCGCAGUGCAGACGAGCGGACCCAAGCGGCUGAGCGCCUUCGGCACGAUGCUACCCAACUUAAGGAGCUUUUUCUGGGUUUGGGCCUGGAGGAGAGCGCUCACUGCGCGCCGGUGCUGCUCGCGCUGCGGGAACUGCUCAACCUCCACGACCCCACGCUGCUUGGCCUCGAGGUGGCGGGCCUGAGGCAAAAAUUUCCGGACGUGAGCGAGGAUCAUGUCUCGGUCCUCUUGGACCUGCGCGGGGACGUGUCCCGGGAGCAUCGCCAGGCAGCACUCAGUUCCCUGCAGGCCGGCCCACCGCCCUCACCUUCCACUGGUCGCCGUGCACUCUUCAGCCUCGUGCCGACGCCUACGCCCUCCCUGUCCUCCUGCCUCCCCUCGGGUCCCUGCUCCUGACCCACCUGUCUGCGUAAUAAAGCCACGUCCACCGCG